AUGUGUAUCAGUACCGGAGGCGAAGAACUCUGGAAGCGGACUUUAGGACAUGGCAACCGCGUCGUCAACGGCGGCGAAGGCAAUUCUGCCGCUCCCUCUCCCGUGACCGAUGGCGAACAUGUCUGGGCGUUCCUCGGUACCGGAGACCUCGCCUGCUACGAUUUCGAUGGGAAUCAGGUCUGGCAUACCAAUCUCGCUGACCGUUACGGUAGCUUUAACCUCUAUUUCGUCAUGUCAACAACCCCGCUGCUUGACAAGGAUCGGCUUUACAUCCAACUCAUCCACAGCAAUGCAUGGCUCGUGCUGGCACUCGACAGAAUGACGGGGAAAGAGAUUUGGAAGCAUAAACGCGAAAGCGACGCAACCGAGGAGUGUGAACAAGCCUAUACCUCUCCUAUUCUCUACCGUGAUUCAGAACGUGAAUAUCUCGUCGUACACGGCGCAGAUUAUGUCACUGCACACAGUCUCGAAGAUGGUAGCGAAAUCUGGAGAUGCGGCGACUUGAAUCCGAAAGAGCGUUAUAACUACAGCCUCCGGUUCGUCGCUUCUCCUGUCGCAACAGAGGGGCUUAUCGUCGUCCCCUCGGCGAAAAAUGGACCCGUUGUGGGCAUUGAUCCGGCUGCACAGGGUGAUAUCACGAACGGCGAAUGGCAACGUUGGAAGCUUCAACAAGGCACACCGGAUGUUCCCUCCCCGCUUAUCCACGACGGUUUAAUUUAUCUCUGUCGAGAAAACGGCGAUCUGAUAUGUCUUGAUGCCGAGACGGGCGAACAACUCUAUCGUGAACGAACACAUCGACACCGACAUCGCGCCUCGCCGAUCUAUGCGAAUGGGUAUGUCUAUCUAACAUCUCGUGACGGAGUUGUUACCGUAGUAAAGGCAGGACGUGAAUUUGAAAUCGUCGCCAGCAAUUCCAUGGGUGAGGUCAUCGCGGCGUCCCCUGUUCUCGCAAAUGGGACGCUCUAUCUGCGGAGUUAUCAGGCACUCUAUGCCAUUGGUCGGAAAGAAUGA